AUGUCACGAGCGGAGCAAACGGCCUUGUUGGCCUAUCUGAAUACUUUCAGAAUAUCGAAGCCUGUGACUACCUUCAAAGACCUAUCGGAUGGGAAAGCGUUGAUGGAGAUUAUGGCCUCGAUUGACUCAACGCAUUUCAAGAUCGCUGUCAAUCGCAAUACAAGCAUUCCAGCGUCCGGUCCAUCUCAAGAUUGGGUGUUACGUAUGAAUGCCUUAAAACGCCUAUACCGACUUCUUCUUUCCUUCCCCCUACCCUCCCCUCACGCUACUAAUUUGUCAUUAUCAAAUCUACCUGAGCCUCCAUUCUCUACCAUAGCUAAGGCCCCUUCGACACCUGAAGCUUUGAAAGGCUUAGCUCAGAUCUGUCGACUCUGUCUCGCUGUAGGAGUCUGGGCACCGGGGAACGAGAAGGUCAUAGAAAAGAUUGAAGGCUUGAGGGAAAGUCAUAUGGCCGAAUUGAUGAAAAGUAUCGAAGAGGUGAUGGCUACUCUACCCCAAGAAGAAGGAUCAGAGGAAGGGAUGAAGUCUCCUCUUGGCACUUCGCCUACCAAACAGUCGCCAGAAUUUUCUCCACCUUUGUCUGGGAUUCGACAAGAACGUGAUAAACUUCUACAAGACAAUGAUGAACUUCGAUUGAGGUAUGAGAAAAUGUUAGAACAGAUUGAGGAGCUGACUGUGCGAAUGGACGAGGUCAAGGGAGAAAGAGAUGAUGCAGUUGAGCGAUUAACAACCGCUAGAUCAGAUCCUUAUGGGUCUGGCAAUGGACUGAGAACCAGUCAGACAGCUGGAACAGCGGAACUAGCGAGUCUGCGGACGGAUCUAGGCAAAGCAGAAGAAAACGUCGCUCACAGCGAAGCCGAACUGGAAAAGCAAGCUAGCCUCGUAUCCGAAUUGACAAAAACGGUGGAAGAUCUCAGAGAACAAGCUGCUGAAGCUAUCCAACUGCGUGAUCAAGUUGAUGAAUACAAACACGCUGCUGAACGUCUGAAGAAGUCCGAAAAUGUCAUCGAGAAAUACAAGAAGAAGCUGGAAGAAUCAGCUGGUCUCAGGAGGGAAUUGAGAAACCUGGAAGACGAAAACUCCCAACUUGUCAAUAUCAAUACAUCCCUUGAAGCAGAUUUGCAAAAAGCUGGAUCAUCCAAAAGUCUCAUAAAUAUCUACAAGACACAGAUUGAGUCGUUAGAGAAGAAAUCAAUCGAACAAGCGACCCAGAUCAAUGAUUUGAGCCACCAACUCGAGUUGAAUCGCGCUGAGCUGGACGACGUAUCGAGGGAGUAUGAAAGGGAUUAUUCUCGACUUGAAGCUCAAGAAGAGCGGUUAAAGGAGAUCGAGCUGGGAGGAACUGCAUUGAAGCGACAAGGAUCGGUAUUGUCCGUGUCAGGAAAUAAAUCUACGUUAGAUGACGAACUGGGCGCCGUUGACGAUGAUGAUCAAGGGAGAUUGAAGACUAAAACAGACCUGAGAUUGAAAAUUAGAGCCCUACACCGUGAGAUUUCUGAUCUACGAUCUGGCACUGGUGUAGGAGAGGGUACGAAGAUCGCUACACUCGAAACAUUACUAGCGGAUGCGAACAAAGCUAGAAAUAGAUACCAAUCUGAUUAUUUGAAUGAACAUCGCUCACUAUUAAGGUUGCAAUCUACGUUAGAGCAGAUACGCUCUGGACAGGGUGUAGAUGAGGCUCCAACAACAAUUGCGUUGCGGGAACGGCUCCACGAGGUAAUUGAAGAACGAGAUGAGCUGUUGAAGAACAAACAAAGCCUGGAAGAUGCUAGCAAUGAAUUGGAGAAAGAGCUUGCAACGGCAAGAACCGAUUUGGGCUUGGUAAACAAAGAUCAAAGGGAGAUAUUGGCUUCUCUUCGUGAGACUGUUAAAGCAGAUACGAUCCAGCUUGAAGAAGGGAUAUCUGUACUGAAAGAACAAGUGCAGGCUUGCAAGGAGAAAGAUCAUCAACAUCUGGAGGAUAUCCAACAGUUGUUACUUGAGAAAGUUGACCUGCAAUCUGCUAGGAUUGCCACCAAGGAAAAGGAGCUAGGGAAGGAGAAAGACUUCGGCGGUCUUCGAGCGUCUCUUGCAUCGCAAGGCCUACCUCAAGAGGCUCAACUGCAGGUGCUUUCCUUAUUAGCACAAAAUUCUGAUCUAGCUGCACAUGUCAAGACCCUGGAUGAGAAGCUGCACAAGGCCAAGUCGUUCAUUAAACAGCAGGAUCAGUUGUUUAGAGAAGAUCACGCCAACAUGGAAUCGGGCAACUUGCACGAGGCUGCUAAAUCGUAUCAAUCACGAAUAUUGACUCUGAAAGAAGAUCUAUUGAGAGCGAAGCAGAAUACAGCAGCACUAGAAAAUCGGUACAAGCUAGAACAAAAGCUUAUGCUUUCCGCGUGGCAUGAUCUUGGACAAAGAACAAUGCAAACGCACUUGUCGUCUAUCGGAAAUAAAAGACUACAAAAGCCUUUGGCCAAUAGUUGGCUAGGAAGGCAAAGGAGGAUGCAAGAGGAGGCUGGAUACACCAGAUAG